AAUGAAGUGAACAAUAACUACCUCGGUCGCACCGUGUCCAGGGGCACAGUUACGACAGCAGCAAAUAUAUUACUACGCGAAUGCACGACCGGUGCCGCGCCGGAUCCCUCGACCGCAUCACCUUCACUUCAACCAUCCUACACCUUCCAACCCCUCGACUUCCUUUCGGGCGCCUCAUAGCCACUCCUCAAAGUCGCGACUCCAAGAACGCCGAUACCCCUCAAUCUGCGCUACGACUGAGACGCCGUCAUGGCAUUCCUGCGCGACGUGUCGGAUCGCUUCUGGAACUAUGUGAGCCCUCGCAAGACGCAACAGCGGCGCGAUAAGCCUUUCAAGGUGCCCGCAAUCCCCGUCAAAGCUAAGGCCCAUACGCCAACGAGAGGUGUCGUCGACAUGACCCCUGCGACCGGACUUGAGCGCAUCGAGAGCUGGGAGGUGAAGACUCCUAGCUCCGCCGGCUCAAUCGAUCGUACGCUGCUGCCUCCGUCGCCGCCGACCUCCGUAUAUCAUCAUAUGGACCUCGAGGGAGAUACGUUGAUUGAAGAUUCUAUUGAGGACCAAGAGAAAGCCGAGAAGACGAGUUCUGGCGAAGACUGGGAUGCGAACGAGGAGACGAUCGUGGUCGAUGAUGGUACAUACUACGAGGAGCAAAAGAGAAUCGAUCGCGAGAAAGAGAGGAGAAGACGAGAGGAACAAGGUCAGGAGCUUCGCGAAGCUGGCUGGGCUGAGGAUGCCGUCUUCCUCUUCCAAAAGCUCGGCAUGCGCGGAUUCGAGCCGCUUAUGCCCAUUGAUUGGGUCAACGACUUCGACAGCUUGCCCGUGGACCUGUUUACCGUGAAUGCGAACAAAGCCUUCAUCAAGUCAGACUCUGACAACGAUCACCACGCUCAACUCGCACUAGCCGACCUCUUUGCGCUGGGUGGGCGCGUUCGCGACGCUGUGCUUACGAAGGCACCCAUUCGUACGCCCGGGUACCACAUUCGAGAGGCUGUCAAGAAGUACUCUCAAUGGGCCAUGAAAGACGGCGACAUGCAACACGUCUGGGAGAACCUUUCGCUCUGUAAAGUCGCUGCCACCCCGCCCCGUGUGCAUGCGACCGUUGCAGAGCGAAAGAUGGUUAAGAAGCUCGAGAAGCUGCAGUACAAGUGGGACGACGCCUUUCUGAAAUAUCACGACGAGAAGGGCAGCGGAUCCGUCUUCACCGCCCCUCCGGAGCUUCCUACCCUCUACGGCAUUAUCGCUUCUCACACAGUUAUGGCUUUUGUCAGCUAUGUGCCACCAAUGGAAAGCAAGCCCGCUUUCCUUCGCAUGAUCGCAAUGUUCGACUUCGGCGAGGAGGGCUAUGAUGUCUGGAACUCGUUAGCUAUCGCAAUCUUCGUCAUCCAUUGCCGGAACAGAAUGAAGCAGCUCAAGGAGUAUCUUCCCGAGCCGAACGUCGUCCGUCAGCGCGAUCCGGACCUUUGAACAACCAGGCCCUGUUAUAACCUUGGAAGUACAUAAAGUCGUCCAAUGCCUUGAAAAUUACUCGUCUUAGCAUCGUUGGAAACAAAAUGACUGAGCACACGACAAGAGGAGGUCAAAUACAUGGAAAUGAGUCAGUAUGAAUGACGAUCUGAGGAAAUCGGCGUUUGAUCCUAUGAUAUACCCCCCCUUUGGUUCUAGAAUUCGGUACCCAGGAUGUGUCCUUUUGCUGCGCUUGCUUCCGGGUUACUGUUGGUGCUGCGGUGCAUAAUUCGCGGAGAGCAGGGCUGCUUUCCCUCACAUGUUUUCCUUUGUUUUUAGUUCGGCGGAGGAACGGACGAAGAUUGCAUCGAUACCCAGUUUCCUCACCUACAGUCUCACCUACAGUCAAUUAUCAAUCAACCCAUACUUGCCUC